AUGAAGUUCAUUGCAUUGAGUUAUGUGGUUCGGCGAGCUCUCCUCAAUGGCCGCAACUGCAACCGCCUCGGCUCGACGGCGGUGAUGCCUUAUGCGGCGCCGGAAAUGAGGCUCCUCUUUACCGGCGCAGCGAACGGAGGGCUCUUCUACUGGAAGAGAACGAUGGUUUCGCCGGCGGAGGCGAAGUUGCCGGAGAAGGACAAGGAGAAGGCCGAGGCCGAGAAGAGUGUGGUAGAGUCCAGUUAUUGGGGAAUUUCGAGGCCAAAGAUUGUGAGAGAGGACGGAACGGAGUGGCCUUGGAACUGCUUCAUGCCGUGGGAGUCGUAUCAUUCAAACCUGUCCAUAGAUCUUACUAAACAUCACGUGCCAAAGAAUUUUCUGGAUAAAGUUGCUUACAGGACGGUGAAGCUCCUCAGAAUUCCAACAGAUUUAUUUUUUCAGAGACGGUAUGGUUGCCGCGCAAUGAUGCUGGAAACGGUUGCAGCUGUCCCUGGCAUGGUAGGAGGGAUGUUGUUGCACCUUAGGUCACUCCGUAAGUUUCAGCAAAGUGGUGGUUGGAUCAAAGCAUUGCUGGAGGAAGCAGAGAAUGAGAGAAUGCACCUUAUGACUAUGGUGGAACUUGUGAAGCCGAAAUGGUACGAAAGACUGCUGGUUCUUGCUGUGCAGGGAGUUUUUUUCAAUGCGUUUUUCGUACUUUACAUACUCUCGCCGAAGGUGGCUCAUAGAAUAGUUGGGUAUCUUGAGGAGGAGGCUAUACAUUCUUACACCGAGUAUUUGAAGGAUCUUGAAAGUGGUGCAAUUGAAAAUGUUCCUGCUCCUGCCAUUGCAAUAGACUAUUGGAGGCUUCCCAAGGAUGCCAAAUUGAAAGAUGUUAUAACAGUCAUUCGUGCUGAUGAGGCUCACCAUCGAGAUGUGAAUCAUUUUGCUUCUGAUAUCCAUUUUCAAGGUAAAGAACUGCGGGAAGCACCAGCUCCUCUUGGUUAUCACUAA